UCCUGGGCGCACGGCUGACAGCCCUCCAUCUUGCUGGGCCACCUUCUGCGACUUCUGCUAGUUGCGUGCUGCGCGAGAACGACUCUGGGAGAGCCUGAAGCUGCGCCAUGGAGGCAGUGACCUUUGAGGAUGUGGCAGUGAACUUCACCUUGGAGGAGUGGGCUUUGCUUAAUCCAUCCCAGAAGAAGCUCUACAGACAUGUGAUGAGGGAAACGUUUAGGAACAUGGCUGCUAUAGGAAGAGUUUUGGAUAACCAGAAAGUUGAAGAAGAAUAUAAAAAUUGCUGGAGAAAUCUAAGAAAUAAGGUUGAGAAAUGCUAUCAAGAUAAAGGCUGGAAUCAAUAUGCAGAAAUAUUCCUUUGGGAUCCAGAUGCUAAUAUGCACAUGAAACAAGUUGGUGAAAAACCAGCUGAAGGCCUUGCUUGUGGAAAGCCCCUGAUUGGGCACUUGUCAUUAAAUGUGCCCAUCAUAGCUCACACUGGACUAAAGAUAUCUGAGUAUUUGGAAUCAAAAGAAAAGCUGUGUAGGUAUGAUGAACAUGAAAUAUCUUGCAGUGAUUUCCAGUCCUUUCAGAAGGAUGCAAGGACAAAGACUGGAGAAAAAUCCUAUAAAUAUGAUCAAUGUGGGAAAUCCUACUCUGAUUUUAGUGAAGGAACUCACCUUAGAGAGAAGACCUUUAUAUAUAAGAAAACUUUUAAAGCCUCCAGCACACCCAAUGAUGGUCAGAUCCAUGAAAGAAAUCACAACAUGGGGAAACCCUAUGUAUGUAAACAAUGUGGAAAAACUUUCUUGAGACACAGUGACUGUAAAAGACAUGAAAGAACUCACACUGGGGAGAAACCCUAUGUAUGUAAACAAUGUGGGAAAGCUUUUAAUGCACAAGGUCAUUGUAAAAUUCAUGAAAGAAUUCACACUGGGGAGAAACCUCAUGUAUGUAAACAGUGUGGGAAAGCAUUCCAUAGUCUUAGUCAUUGUAAAGUACAUGAAAGGACUCACACUGGGGAGAAACCCUAUGUGUGUAAGCAGUGUGGAAAAGCAUUCAGCAGGCACAGUAAAUGUAAUAUACAUGAAAGAACUCACACUGGAGAGAAACCCUAUAUAUGUAAGCGAUGUGGGAAAGCUUUUAUUUCACAGUAUUACUGUAAAAGACAUGAAAGAACUCACACUGGGGAGAAACCCUAUAUAUGUGAGCAAUGUGGGAAAGCAUUCACUAGUCCCAGUCAAUGUAAAAUACAUGAAAGAACUCAUACUGGGGAGAAACCCAAUGUAUGUAAGCAAUGUGGGAAAGCUUUCAGUAGUCACAAGGAGUAUAAAAUACAUGAAAGAACUCACACUGGGGAGAAACCCUAUGUAUGUAAGCAAUGUGGGAAAGCUUUCAGUAGUCACAAAGAGUGUAACAUACAUGAAAGAACUCACACUGGGGAGAAACCCUAUGUAUGUAAGCAAUGUGGGAAAGCUUUCAGCAUGCCUAGUGCUUGUCACAGGCAUGAAAGAAUUCAUAGUGGGGAAAGACCCUAUGUAUGUAAGCAAUGUGGGAAAGCUUUCAGCAAAGCUUGUUACUGUAAAAGACAUGAAAGAACUCACACUGGGGAAAAACCAUAUGCAUGUAAGCAAUGUGGGAAAGCUUUCCACAGUCGCACUGAAUGUAAAACACAUGAAAGAAUUCAUACUGGGGAGAAACCUCAUGUAUGUAAACAAUGUGGGAAAGCAUUCACUGGUCCCAGUCAAUGUAAAAUACAUGAAAGAACUCACACUGGGGAGAAACCCUAUGUAUGUAAGCAGUGUGGGAAAGCUUUCAGCAGGCACAGUGUUUGUAAAAUACAUGAAAGAACUCACACUGGGGAAAAACCCUAUGUAUGUAAGCAAUGUGGGAAAGCUUUUAGGUCACAAGAUUAUUGUAAGAUACAUGAAAGAACUCACACUGGGGAGAAACCCUAUGUGUGUAAGCAAUGCGGGAAAGCUUUUAGAAGGCACAAUGAAUGCAAAAUACAUGAAAGAACUCACACUGGGGAGAAACCCUAUGUAUGUAAGCAGUGUGGGAAAGCAUUCAGUGUGUCUAGUGCUCGUUAUAGACAUGAAAGAGUUCACAGUGGGGAGAAACCAUUUGUAUGUAAACAGUGUGGGAAAGCCUUCAGCAUGUCAAGUGCUCGUUAUAGACAUGAAAAAAUUCACAGUGCAGAGAAGCCCUAUGUGUGUAAGCAAUGUGGGAAAGCAUUUAGUGUACAAAAUUAUUGUAGAAUGCAUGAAAGAACUCACACUGGGGAGAAACCCUAUGUAUGUAAGCAAUGUGGGAAAGCUUUUAGGUCCCAAUACUAUUGUAAAAUACAUGAAAGAACUCACACUGGGGAGAAGCCCUAUGUAUGUAAACAAUGUGGGAAAGCUUUCAGUGUGCCUAGAGCUUAUCAAGCACAUGAAAGAACUCACACUGGGGAGAAACCCUAUGUAUGUAAACAAUGUGGGAAAGCUUUCAGUGUGCGUGCAACUUGUCAAAGACAUGAAAGAACUCACACUGGGGAGAAACCAUACAUGUGUAAGCAAUGUGGAAAAGGUUUUAGUAAAGCUUGUUAUUGUAAAAGACAUGAAAGAACUCACACUUGGCAUUAAUUCUAUGUAUGAAAGCAGUCUGGGAAAGCUUUUAGCAUUCCUAGAGCUUGUCAGAAACAACCUCACAAUGGGGAGAAGCCUUAUGUACGUAAGAAAUGUUGGACUAACAGGAAUCUAUUGUCAAAUGAAAAUCUCACUGGAGAGAAUAUAUAAAUAUGUAUGCAGAUAUAACUUUUUAUGUGUCUUUCAG